AUGACCUUGACAAAGUUAUCCCCGAGUCCUCCGCCAAUGUUCACGCAGGACAAGGACUACAUAGCUUCGCGUACCAAAGCCGAGGGUCGAUACGCAGAUCUCGAGAUUGAGACUAAAGUGCACGAGGGACUUUUCUCUCUGAUCAACGCCGUCGUGGAGAAGCAUGAGGAUCUCGGGGCUGAAGAUCGACGCUUGUUGGAGCGAUACCACAGGGACGUCAUCCGCCAUGGACUGGGCCUGGAGAAUCAGCAGCGAAAGGAGCUCGAGAUCACCCAGAAACGACUUGUUCGUCAAAUCAACGAAUAUGAGAAAAAUCUACGAGAAGACAAUGAUGGAAUUUGGUUCCUUGCUGAGGAUCUUACUAGCGUUUCUGAAGGUAUGAUUGCAGGUUUGAAGCGUGGUGCAGACGUCAAUGAGGGAAAGGUCCAACUAACUUUCAGCUUUCCCGAUCGCUUCACCACAUUGAAGUAUGCGAAGAACAGUGAGACUCGCCGACAUUACUACAUUGCAUUCGAGAACAGAUGCUCAGCCAACGUGGCUAUUUUCAAGGAGAUCUUGGUGCUCAGACAAGAGGCUGCUCAACUCCUUGGGUAUGACACACGAACUUCGAUGCCUUGA